AAAACCGCGCACGAAACCGACAAAAAAAAACAGGGAAUGGACGUCCAAGCGAUGGCGAGUUGUUCGUCCCCCCAGAGACUCGUAUACGACAUGAACACGAACACUUCGAUGGCAUUCCCCACGUCUCGCAACGAUUACGCUGCUGGCCAUCAAUGUGAUCAGCAUCACCACCCCGAUCAAAUCAACACGGUGACUAUAAUACAGGCGCCGAUUUUUGCCGAAGUCGUUCGUGUUCCACGGUUCGAGCCCGAAGGAGUCUCUCCCGCGCCCAUCUCCCGCGUCCCUUGCUUCGGAAUUGCGUGGGCCGGGGGUGCGCGCUGAUCAUACACAUGCGCACCCCGCGCGGAGAUGAAGAGUUGGCAGACGCCGAUGAAGGCAACGACUUCGAGUCUUUGAUCAGGCGGGCGAGGCAAGCACACAACCUGAACGUUAGGUGCCUCGAGGCGGAAGUGCAGAGGUUGCGGGAGAGGUUGGCGGCAGUGAUGGGGGACCACGGUGACGCGGAUAUUUUGUACGGCGGAGAACAGCCUGCUGUGCCACCUUUUAGUCGGACGAAAACCGAUGAUGACCAGAUCAGUCAGGAGGUGGCGUUACCCGAUGUGAAGGGUCAGCCGAGGCGCGAGAUCUCGGGCAGCAGCAAGGGUUUUAGUGAGUUUAGCAAUGACACAGGCGUUGGCAGGCGCAUUACAGAAAUAAGCACUCCAGGCAGUAGGCAAGCAGCAGUCUCCCGUGGGUUCAGCAGCACCUUGCGGCGGCAAGCAUCGUGGGAACGGUUUCUGGCAAGAAAAGGUGUUUUGUUUAGGGUCGUGCAGCACCCUGCCUUCGAAAUGUUCGUCGCUGGCAUGAUCCUCAUCAACGGUUGCGUUAUGGCUGCCGAGUCGCAGUACCAUGGUUUCGAUCUUGCCGUAUGGACUGGUCAUAGUAGUGCAGAUGGUGUAUCAUCCAGUGUGUGGCCACAUGGCGAAGCGGUGUUUGAAAUCUGUGAUUGGGUUUUCGGGGCAUUUUUCGCUGCCGAGAUUGUCAUCAAAGUCGUCGGCCUCCGCCUCGAGUUCACAAAGGAUUGCUGGAAUUGGGUUGAUCUUUCAGUGGUUGCGUUGUGAUGUAUAGUCGCCUCGACGUGGACGUGGACGUGAACGCGCAGAUGCUGCGCCUCGCGCGCCUCUCGCGGUUAGCCAGGCUGCUUCGGCUCUUCCGGCACAUGCACCACCUCAGGUUUGAUUCCUUGUACCUUCUGUCGACCUCUCGGGGAUCAAACAAUGACACACACACAUAUAUAUAUAUAUAUAUAUAUAUUGUCGGAGGUCUGCGCGGAUCUCUUAGAUCGGCGUUGGAGCCCCCUGGCGGCGCCUUCGGCGCCGCUCUUUGCGCGCUCCGCGCGCCUUGGAGGAGGGUCACGCGCCGAUCUAAGAGAUGCAAGCGGACCUCCGAAAUCUUAUGUGUAUGUCAUUGUUUGUUCCCCGAACCUCGCUCAAGGGAAGCGUGGCGAUCCUGGGAUGGUCUUUGGCGCUGUUGGUGGUCAUGCACAUGCUGCUAGCGCUGGCUGUCAAUCAGGCCCUCCAGGAGUAUUACUUUCAGAAGAGCCAGGCCGAAGAGCAGGUUGUGGUUUUCGAGUAUUUCGGGAGCUUUUCCCGGUCACUCCUUACCAUGUUUGAGUUUACCCUCGCAAAUUGGGCCCCCCCAGCAAGGGUAUUGAUGGAGAAUGUGCACGAGGCACUCUUCAUCUAUUCUGUUGUGCACAAGAUGGCACUUGGAUUUGCCGUCAUCGGGAUUAUAAAUGGAGUAUCCAAGACGUUCAAGGUGGCUUCUUCGGACGACGCCGUGAUGGUCAGGCAGAUGUAUCGUAAGGAGAAGAUGCACACUCAAAAGAUGCAGCGCCUCUUCGUCGAGGCAGACGCGAACGGCGAUGGUACUAUUGAGCUCGAUGAGUGGCUGACGAUCUGCGAGGACCAGUGGGUGCAGAUCUGGCUGAAGUCUCAAGACCUCGAUGCAACUGAUCCGGGCAAGUUGUUCACCUCAUUGGAUGACGGCAGCGGGACCCUCACUGUAGAGAGGCUCGUCGAGGGCACUGCGCGGCUGAAAAGCCAGUGUUCGGCCGUGGCAGUUAUUACUCUCCUCAAAGAAGUUCACGAUCGGGUGAAGGACAUCGAAACCACGUUGCAUGACGACCGUGCUGAGGUCAAUCCCGUCAGGACGCGCGGGGAUGAUCGAUUCAGAGGGUCUCCCCUUCCCAGCAGCAAUGCAUUAUGAUGGUGGGGAAUGUAAGUAUACUGCUCGUUCUUGCCUUGCAAGCUCAGCUUGGCUCAUUGCUUAAACAACACCGCGCUCAGUAGGAUUUCAACUACUCAUUGGCCUCCGUCACGCCGCCGUGCCUGGGUCGUUGCGAGGGGACAUCUCAGAGAUUUCUUUGGGUCGUUGAGGCGUUUUGGGGG